AAGGGGCUAAUCUGACAUUUGGAGAGCACUUGCAAACAGAAGUGCAGCAGAAUGAUGAAGAUCACCUUCUUUCUGAUUCUACUUGCUGUUGUUGACGUGGUCUCUUCCAGCAAAAAUGAUAUCAGCAAUCGGGAAAAGCGGGAUGCUGUUCUCAUUCGUUCAAAGAGAAGAUGGGUUCUGUCCACCAUCGAUCUGGAAGAGAACAUGCCUGGACCAUAUCCCACUAUAGUUACAACGCUGUACAAUGACAAAAAGGAGGACACCUCCGUCAAGUUCCGCAUCAAAGGACAAGGGGUGACAGAGAAACCAUUUGGUUUGUUUACCAUUGAUGAAAACACAGGGACUGUAUACGUACACCGGCCCAUCGACAGAGAAGAGUACCCCUUGUUCCACGUGGACUUUGAUGUGCUGGACAGGAAAACUGAUGCCACUGUGGAUAAAACACUGUCAUUUAAUGUAGAAAUAAAGGACAAGAAUGACAAUAGUCCUGUGUUCAAUACGAACCCUAUCAGCGUACACGUUCCAGAGAACACGCCUGAAGGCAUACUCCAAGCAACAUUACAAGCUCAUGACAAUGAUGAGAAGGAUACUCUUAAUUCCCAGUUCAACAUGACGGUGGUGUCACAAGACCCUGCCUCACCAAACAUUACCAUCAGGGACAUGCAUGGGACAAGUACAGUCCAACAGCUCGCCUUCACAGGAUGCUUUGAUUAUGACAAAGCAAAACAAUAUAAAGUGCUUGUUGAAGCGAAGGAUCAAGGUACACCUCCAAUGUCUUCAACUGCAACUGCCAUUCUGUUAAUCACUGAUUCUAACACCCAUCCCCCAGAAUUCAGUUCGGCCACGUACAACACUGAAGUGAUGGAAAUGGAAUUAAAAGAGAUUCUAAGAAUUGGCAUCAAAGACAUGGACGCACCAAACACACCUGCUUCAAGAGCGGUGUUCUCCAUCACGAAGGGCAAUGAGGAAAACAAUUAUAAGAUUGAGACAGACCCCAAAACCAAUGAAGGUGUGCUGUCUGUUGUCAAGGGGAAGAAUUUCCUGAAAACUGAGAUCAUAGAGCUGGAGAUAGAAGUUGAGAACGAGGAGCCGUUAUUUCAGUGUGUUAACGGAAAGCCCGUAACAGGUACCAAUCCAAAACCAAACACUGCCAAAGUGGCAGUGAAAGUCAUUGAUUCGAACGAUCCCCCCGUGUUUAAGAAUCCAACAGAAAAAGUCUACCGGAAUGAAAAUGGACCUAUAGGAGAUGUGCUGUUCGUGCCCGAGAUCAAAGAUGAGGACUCAGACAUUAGCAAACUCAGGUAUGAGAUAGUGCAAGACCCAGCCCAAUGGGUGAGUGUGGAUCAGAAGACAGGAAAGAUCACAACAGUUAAAACGAUGGACCGGGAGUCUCCAUUUGUCAAAAAUGGCAUCUACACAGUCGAGGUGCAUGCUAUAGAUGAUGGAGAGCCUCCAGGUACAGGUACAUGUACCAUUUUGGUCCACCUAGGCGACUUAAACGAUAAUGCUCCCCAGCUCACCUCCAAAAAUACAGUCAUGGGUAUGAACAAAGUUGAUCGUGUGAAGUAAUUUAUAAAUUCAUGU